ACCAUAAAUCCGAGUUUUUUCUACCUAUAAAACCCAAUUGACUUCACUUGUUCUUUGUUCUACAUUUACCGAAUUAGCUCCGAAUUUCCGACCCGAAAAAAAUUCAAACUUUUCGAUGUCUUCUCCGCCGCCGGACGCCGUAACAACCUCCACUACCGCCGUCAAACCUUGGCCAUUAUUCCUCGACAUCGCCGCCCUCAGCCUCCCAAUCUCAUUCUCCGACGCAACAUUUCGGAUCAACAAAAACCUCCGUUACUUCGCCGGUAAUUACGCGCUAAUCACUCUCGCAAUUCUACUAAUCUCCUUAAUUGUCCGUCCAAUUUUACUGGUGUUAUUCCUACUCAUCGUCGUUGGUUGGAUUUACCUCUACUUCUCACGUAACAAUGAGCCGUUGGAGCUAUUCGGUUACGAUAUCGAUGAUAAGUUCGUGUUAGGGUUUUUGAGUUUGGUGACGAUUGUUGGGGUGCUUGUUGGGAAGAUUUGGAUGAAUAUUUUCGUUUCGAUUGGGUUUGGAAUUGUGAUAACGUGUAUUCAUGGUGGACUCAGAGCUCCGGAGGAUCAGGAGGAUUCACCGUAUGGUGCGUUGUUAUCGGAGAGUCCUAGAGGGAGUUAUACUAUUGUUUGAGAUGAUUGAUGUAGGUAAUUUCUUUUUUCUCAUUGAAAUGUGGUUGAAUUUUAGGGGAACUUGUGUUGGUUAUUGUAACUAGUAUUGUUUAAUUGAUGAAAUUCUCGAAAUGCGGAGAGUUGAAUGCACGAAAUAUUCCGGAUUU